AAGAAAAAGCCCCCAAGAAAUUAGUCCCUUCAUUAAUAGCGGCCAUUGGUGAAAUGAAAUCCCACUCCUGGAUUUUUCCUUAUUAAGAACCGACAAAACUAAUAAAUUCACUGCUCAUUUUCCAUUAAGGUUCGUUCUUACCACGAGAACUUGCAAGAACUUCCAUCGUUGGAGUGCUCUGUUUACUGCUCCAAAAGAAUCAAUCCAUAAUGGGGGCCAAAAGGGUGAAGAUUGAGCUGAUAAAGAACGAGAGGAGCCGGCUGCUGACUUACAAGAAAAGGAAGGCGAGUCUGCUGAAGAAGAUCAACGAGUUCUGCAUACUCUGCGACGUCAAGGCUUGCCUUAUCAUCUUCUCCGGCAACAACGGUGCCAAAGGCGGGGAGGAGCUCGAAACAUGGGCUCCGCAGUCCUGUACCGUGGAGGAGCUGAUCCAGCAGUACAGAAGCUCCGACAAGCCCAGCAAGUGCUUCACCGUCACCGAUUACUUCACAGAGAAGAAGAAAAGGGUGGAUGUCGAGCUGUCGAAGGUGAGGAAGCAGAUUUAUAAGUUGAAAUUCCCUAGUUGGGAUAAAAGGCUGGACAAUUUUUCCGUGGAUCAGCUUGGAGUCGUUCUCGUUCAGCUCGAUUCGAAGCUGAAGCUUGCCGAUGAGAGGAUCACGGCCUUGACAGCCGCCGAAAGGGCUAUUACAGGUCUGGUUCCUCCAGUGCCGAUAAAUUUCCAUAAUUCAGCGAUUCAGGAGGGGUGUCCUGUAACUGAGAGGGAGCUCGAUCAAGGGUACCCGUCAAAAUCACUAAUUUGCUCCGAUUUCAACUCCCAUCCGCUUCCAUCACCGUCGCAGUGGCAGAGCUCGGCUAUGGCUAAUGGCUACUCGGACAAACUGUACUCAACCAAUUCUUCCUUCUUCAUUCCUGACAGGUUCAAUUACUUUGCUCCUGGAGUUGGAGAAUUCUCUCCGUACAGUCCCCAAUUGAUGCAGGAAUUCAGUCCGGACAAAGGAAUGAACUUCAGCCUGAUGCAGCAGUACCAGCAGAGCAACGAUGUCCCUGUAACGAUGCAGUCGCUGCCCAUGCCAGUGCGGCAGGAACCUGUGACGAACAGAGGUCAUCAUCAGGGGAUGCUGAUGCCUGUGAAUGGUGGGAGUCAGUGGGUUUUCGACUCUGCUGGGAUGUUGGGAGUGAAUUCUGAUGGAGGAGGAGGGAUGGAGAUGGGGUAUGUACCUUCUUCAGGUUUUCAGCAGAUGCAGCAUCAGUUUUCUUCUCCUGCAAUGGCUGCUGCAGCAGGGUAUUAUUCUCAUCCCAUGAUGUUUCUGAACCAGUUGGAUGAGAAUAAUAUUGGUGCGUUUGAAUUUGACAGGGGAGACCAUAAUCUGUAGAUCGUUAUUUAGUAUUAGUCUUAUAUAUAGUGUUCAUGUUGGAUUGUUGGUUGUGUUUUCUUUCUGUUAGUUGUUAGUUUAAGAUUAGGCUUACUGUUAGUUCUACGGGAGACAACCUUGUUCUUUCUAGAUAAUGUUCUGCUAU